GCUUGGCCGAGAGAAGGGGAGAUGGAGGCCGGCUGAUUGUGCGAACACUGCGAAGGCCGGUGGCGGUCGUCCCAGAUCUUGCUGUUCCGGCGGCGGAGGGAGUAGCGAUGGUGGCCGUUUGCGGCUGAAAUGAAGGCGAGAGGUGGCUGCAUCAGUGACCAUUUUUGCAGCGAUGCUGGGCAAAGAAGGAGGCUGCGGUGGUGGCCCGGGAGGUACGAUGGCCAGCCGCAGCCAGAGCCACCGCCACCGCUACAGCCAGCUACCGCCACUGCCACCGCUAUAGCCAGGCUGGUGUGGAUGGAAAUGGAACAAUUGACUACAUUGAAUUUAUCACUGCAACUAUGCACAAACAAACUAGAAAGAGAUGACCAUUUAUAUAAAGCAUUUCAGUAUUUUGACAUGGAUGGUAGCAGACGACGGAGCACUAGAGCAAACGAUGGAAGGCUGAGAAGGACUGGCGGGCGAGUGCAAUUGAAGGACUAGAAGCAGACGAUGGCGCGACAUUGGCGAUCGAAGGAGAAGAAAUGGCUAGAAGAAGAAGAAGAAGAAAAGAAAGAAAAAGGGAGAAGGAUCCAGUUGGGCAACACUCGCUGAAAUGCAUUUUUGGGCUUGGAAAUGCAUUUGAAGUAAGUUUUUUAAAUUUUGAACCGGUCCAAAAGUUUUUAAAAAUUACAUAAAUGGCCCGAAAAAGGUUUUGGGCUGUUUUUUCAGUUUCCGAAAUGAGAAACGAUUCAGAAUACUGAAACAACAUCUCUAAGCUGUUUUCGUGCUUCACAUGCAAUAACUUAACUCAUUUUCUAAUAUUGAUAUUAUUAUUUAUUUAUUAAUAUUUUAUUAUUUAUGCUAUAAUUAUUUUUUAUGUGCAUAUGGACAAAGACCUAGUUAAAUGGAUCUAUCCAAUGAGUAUGUAUUGACUCAAUCAUAAGGGUCAUAAAAGAUAAGUUCAAAAAUUAAAGAUCGAACGUAAGUCUCUAAGAAAUCCUUGCGGCAGACUUUUGAUGAAAGAAAGGUCCAGGACACCUAACAAUCUCCCGGAGACAUCUCUGGUGGAGUAUUCCUAGAAUAAUAAAAGCACAAACAAAUUACUUUAAAAUCCUAUUCAAAAAUUAUAUAGCGGAUGAGGAUGAGCUAAAUCUAAGUUAAUAUUAAAAUAUUAUGAUUAUCACAAAUCCCACAAACUCUUAUGUGAAUAUAUGAGCUUUCAUUUCUUAACAGGAAAACCAUUCAAAUUUAUGAAAGAGCUUUACUAACUUUUUUAACUACGAUAAUUUAAGGAUUAAGCUACUUGUACAUAAGGGUUUAUAGAAACCCUUAUUGAAACUAUUUAUUUUAUUUUUAAUUUA